GAUAAAGAAACUUAGAAAGACAAGGAGCAGACUCCACGAGAGGGCUCGGAAGAGCGGAUCCUAGGAGGAUUGGCAGGCGUUCAUGAGUCUACGGCGGGAUAUAAUAUAAAACGUAAAUCUUUAAGGCAGGCAGAACGCAAAUGCUACAAUAAACAAGUGAUCGUUAACAAAGACAGCAGUGGCUCCAUGUGGAAAACAAUACGUCGCGCGCUCCCAAGUAAGCCUACUCGGUGUGCUCAAUACACCAAAGACGCAAGCACACUGGCGAACGAAUUUAAUCGCUUUUUUUGUUUCUGUAGCAAGUGAGUUUGCUGAACUUGCUAUGUCUUACGGGUUGAAUAACAGCUACUGCCCUACUAACAUGAUCGUGCCACAUGCUGAAAACGACGUGUUUGAAUUCCACCCAGUGUCCUGGGCGGAAGUACGGAAAGUGAUCAUGGCCUUACCUUCUAACAAGGCGCCAGGUUAUGACAAGGUGCCCGUCUCAGUAAUAAAGUAUUGUCUUGAGUAAAUCCUGCCGACAAUGACUCAUUUACUUUCCCGAUUUUUCCACGAGCCUGCAAAAAAGGUGAAGUGCUUCCUCACCUUAAAGAUGGGGAUCACGAAGUAGCAAAUAAUAAUCGGCCUAUCUCUCUUCUGCCUGUGCUCUUCAAAGUAGCUGAGAGAAUCUCCCUGGGUCAAUUUAACAACUACUUAACCCACAAAAGCCGUCUCACUUGUCACCAAAGUGGAAACCAGAUGCACCACUCGACGGAAACAUUGAGCUUGCUAAUAAGCGAUCACAUCUUCAGUGCCAUGGAUAAAAAGCAAAUUACGGUAAUGGCACUUAUUGACUUGAGCAAAGCAUUCGAAAGCCUAUGCGAUUCAACUCUCAAAAACUUUGUAAAUUACAGAAUUUGGGUACCUCCAACAAAGCUCUUCUAUUGUUCUAAAGUUACCUUACAAACAGUCAACAGUUCACUCGUGUUGCAACUUCACUGUCAGAACCACUCACUAAUACGUAGAUUUAGCCAGGGCUAAAAGCGAAGCUCUCGAUAAUAUUUAUAGUUCGUUCAACCAAAAUAUAGAAUCGUGUAAUGCUAAGCGGUGAAGGCAACGCCGGAGAACGGUGAAAAACAACAAUAGGUCUAAUAAGCAAGAAAGUAACUUUGCACGUGCAGCACACAUUUUUGUGCAUUUCUUUGCCGUUCUUUUGCACGACUACAACGUGAAACCUCCAGAAACUUCUCAGUUACACUUUUAAUGGGAGAAAUGUCGCACGUUUUCUCGUUCACUUUUUUUCACUGCCGUUCACUUUCACCUUGCAUUUGAUUGGUGGCCGCUAGCAUUUUUCAUUUUGUUGCCACCGCUACAAAAUUUUCAUGUUGUUCUUCCAACAAAAAAAUGUCUCUUUUUUAUCUCUCGCUCUAGAUCUCUGUCACCCUUUUUCUGGUUGAGCUGCACUGGCCUGCCGCCUACUUUCUCUUUUUCUCGGUCUUUCUCUUGCUCUAUAUUCCAAAUUGUGGACACGACAAAAAUAUUAAUCUAAGCUUAAUACUGUAGACAACACAGAUACGGAAACAAUUUCCGCUUUCCGUUUUCUUUUUUAUUGACUCUUUAGUUGUCUCUGCUUUACAAGACGCCGGUGGCUAUGCGAUUUCCCGCCAAAAUAACCUCGAGUUGCAUUUGGGUUGCCCUACCUACUGAUUGAGUUAUUUUACGUUGGUUUGCUUGAGAUGAAGACUGACGGUCGGGCGUACGGUCACGUGAUUACCAAAUUUUCUCGGAUGGGUACAUUACUUCAUUUUCUUACCCAUGGUGCUCCACUGCGCGUGCUGCGCGCGCGAGAGCUCCGCCAUUACACAUGGGGUACUUCAGGGCUCAAUUCUCGGCCUGUACGUGAACGAUCUCUACCAGGAGUCAUCAGGUUUAGUAAAAUCGAAUCUUAUGUUGACGACACUAAGAUAUAUUUCUCGCUUGCGUCAAAAGACAUUGAUUCAUGUCUACGCCAAGCUGCUGAGGAUUUCCAACAUGCUCCAGAGUGGUGUUGCGCCAACCACCUUUUGAUUAACCCUGAUAAAACCAGGUUUGUCCUAUUUGGGGUGAGGCAACUUAUCUACAAGUUGUCCAGUAGCAUCACAGUACCUUUCCUUGGUCAAGAUCUAGUACCUGUAACUUCCGCCAAGGACCUCAGCGUCACGGUUUGCUCGAACCUGACCUUCAAUGACCAUAUCGCUUCACUAUCCUCCUCUCUUUUGUCAACAUUAGUUGAAAUAAUUAGGCUUCAACACUUGUUCUCUAAAGAUGUACUCUACAUAAUCCUCCAUUCCCUAGUAUUUAGCAAAUUUUUCUAUUGCGCCUAACGACUGUUUUCUGUAAAAUAUCUGUUCUUUCGGAGAAGCAAAAUACUGCCUAAAAUGUUGUAUUACUUGAAGACGGCUAAAAAAAAUCUCUGGGUGACUGUUCCAAUCAUGCACAGUUUUCGAAGCUUACCUAAUAAAUUCCCUACGAUUUCCUGAAGUUUAAUUUUCCACAUUUCACUCCCCAGAUUUGGCUACUUUUCGUAGUAGAAAGGAAACCUAAAAUUUUCGAAUUCAAAAAUGCCAUGAAGAGAGGAAUUAGGAAAAUUCUCAGUUUCGUAAUACGUAAAAUUGCAUGUAACAUUGUCGCGAAAGUAAUACUGAAGCCCUGGCUAAUAAUUUCGAAAAGAUUGAAGUUGCCCUACUAUGACCGAGCAAAUGCAAAUUUUAUAGGACCGCUGAGAAUGCAUUUCAAGAGAACUAAAAGUACUCUGGAUAGCCUAAUGUAUUUAGGAGGAAACCGUCGUUGCGUGCCCCUGCGUAUUGCACUGUAUUGCACUAAAGUGGGUCAAUAAGACACUGUCUGACGGUAUCCUAUUAAGCCAACACUGCUACCCCAAGAAUGCUAUUUAAUGACCGAUUUUUUACCGCUUUAAUCCAUCUCUUCAAAAAGGAUCGGUCUCGUGGGCCCGGGCCUACGCUUUUUUUUUCACCCCUCCGACUUUUCACCGAAGUAUGACUCGUAAAUUUUGGAAGACACUUAAAAUUUCUUACGAAAUACUUUCGCGUCUGUAAAUAACAAACAAGCAGCAAGAUUAAAUCUCCUAACGUUAAAGAACCAUUAAAUUGUAAGGAACAUGAUGUCAACCGUACAGGAAAUUGCAUUUUCAUUUUCUUUCUCAGCUAGGCGGCAGCACCAAUUUUAGGAGACAUUAAAAGAAACAACUGAAAGUCAAGAGCAAAUGGGAAGACGAACUAAGCUGCGAACACUUGGCAAGACUGGUUGGGGUGCCAGAGCUGACUCUUUGUGUACUUUUAAAUUAUCAUUUGACGUGAUCUUAAAGGCUUUAGAAGUGCUUCACAAUCUGCUUGCCUGCAGACGCUCUAAACCUUCGUAUAGACUAUAUAAAUGGUAUGGACUAUACAAAUGGUUUAGACGAGUGCGUGGGCCGGCUGCAACGAAGGCUACAAAAGCAAGGGGAUUUAUCAAUAGCAUGCUAAAGUUCGAGUUUAUAAUUGCAUUAAUUGCCUGUGAAUGGUUGCUACAAUUUACUGUGCCUCUUACCAACUAUCUUCAAAGGGUUGACCUAAACCUACUCUAA